GAGGGGCCGGCUGUGGCUGAGCCGCUCCUGUUAGCUCUCUGCACGGCACUUUGCAUCGCACUGACACGGAGUGGCCACCAUUCCCCGAAGCUCCCAUCCAGGCGAGGGCCGCUGCAGCAGCAUCCGAGAGGGAAUAGCGUCUCUUUUUAUUUCCUCCUCCUUCUGCUCAAAAAAGAUUUGACUCUAAAAAGAGGUGGAAUCGUGCGAAGAAAAAAACAUGUCUUACCAAGGAAAAAAGAACAUCCCGAAGAUCACAAGCGACAGGCUUCUGAUCAAAGGAGGGAGGAUCGUGAAUGAUGACCAGUCCUUCCAUGCCGAUAUCUACUUGGAGGAUGGCCUCAUUAAGCAGAUCGGCGACAACCUGAUCGUGCCCGGUGGGGUGAAGACCGUCGAGGCCAACGGGAAGAUGGUGAUCCCCGGCGGCAUCGACAUCCACACCCACUUCCAGAUGCCGUACCGCGGAACCACCACCGUGGACGACUUCGCUCAGGGAACGAAGGCCGCCCUUGCCGGGGGCACCACCAUGAUCGUGGACCACGUGAUCCCAGACCCCGGGUGCAGCCUGAUGGAGGCCUACGAUCAGUGGAGGCAGUGGGCUGAUGAGAAGACCUGUUGCGACUACUCCCUCCACGUGGACAUCACCCACUGGAACGACAGCGUGAAGCAGGAGGUGGACAGUCUCAUCAAGGAGAAAGGUGUGAACUCGUUCCAGGUCUACAUGGCUUACAAGGACUAUUACCAGAUGAGCAACAGUGAGCUCUAUGAUGUUUUUUCCUUCCUGGCGGAGAGGGGGGGCAUCGCCGAGGUCCACGCGGAAAACGGCGAGAUCAUCGCUGAGGAGCAGGCCCGCAUGCUGCAGAUGGGGAUCACUGGACCGGAGGGACACGUGCUGAGCAGGCCCGAAGAGCUGGAGGCGGAGGCGGUGUUCCGCGCCAUCACCAUCGCCAGCCAGACCAACUGUCCUCUCUAUGUGACCCGAGUCAUGAGCAAGAGUGCUGCUGACAUCAUCUCACAGGCCCGGAAAAAGGGAAACGUUGUGUUUGGGGAGCCAAUCACGGCCAGCCUGGGGACCGACGGGACACACUACUGGAGCAAGAACUGGGCCAAGGCGGCUUCUUUUGUAACGUCCCCUCCUCUCAGCCCGGAUCCCACCACUCCGGACUACCUGAACACACUGCUGUCCAGUGGAGACCUGAGCGUGACUGGCAGCGCUCACUGUACCUUCAGCGUGGCCCAGAAGGCCAUCGGGAAGGAUGACUUCACUCAGAUCCCAGAAGGUCUCAAUGGAGUGGAGGAGAGGAUGACCCUCAUCUGGGAUAAAGCUGUGACCACAGGAAAGAUGGACGAGAACAUGUUUGUGGCCGUCACCAGCACCAACGCAGCCAAGAUCCUGAACCUGUACCCACGUAAGGGUCGGAUCGCAGUGGGCUCUGAUGCCGACCUGGUCAUCUGGGACACAGACUCCAUCCGCACCAUCACUGCCAAGACACACAACUCGGCCGCCGAGUACAACGUCUUUGAGGGCAUGGAGCUGCGCGGCGCCCCACAGGUGGUCGUCUGCCAGGGGAAGAUUGUUCUGGAAGACGGGAACAUGCACGUCCUCUCCGGCGUGGGCCGCUUCAUUCCCUGCUCUCCCUUCCCCGACUUUGCCUACAAGCGCAUUAAAGCCAGGAAGCAGCUGGCGGUCCUGAGGGCGGUGCCCAGGGGGAUGUACGACGGCCCCGUGUCCGAGUUCUCCCUGUCCCGCGGCGGGACCCCGUCGGCCUCGGCGCGCACCUCCCCCACCAAGCAGCCCGUCAGGAACCUGCACCAGUCUGGAUUUAGUCUAGCAGGUAACCCUGCACAAUGCGGUCCCCCCAUCACCCCAGACGACAUCCCCAUCAGGCCCGCUGGCCGGCGUAUCGUGGUGCCCCCUGGCGGUCGCUCCAACAUCACAUCCCUCAGUUAAACAGCAGGGCUGACGAGGGCAUGCGUCCAGAAAGCAGACAGCAGCCAGAGUGCAGGAUUGAGGGUGGGAGGGAGGAGCAGAUGCAGAGGACCAUGAUUAGUUAAAAGAGCAAAAAAAAAAAAAAACACUGAAUCCUCAGGCCUUACCUGUCACAACGCUACACCUGGAUCACAUGAGAAAAGCAUCUCUUUUUCCUGGGGAGUUUGUAUUAAAGUGGUUAAUGAUUGCCACCAUAAAAGGUACCACCAAAGCACAAUACACAUGACCGGUCUUUAGCUUCACUUCUUCUUAGCAUAGAAGAUACCUCCCUACAGUAAAAAACUGGGGAAACUACACCCGCUAAAACAUUGAAUUCCCCCAAAUUCAAACAAACUCAGCUCUCAAAGGAAAAUGGAUACUGCCUUUCUCAGAAUGAUGCUACGGUUCUUUCACCCCUGUUUGACUGUCAAUGUCACUCCCUUCUCCAGUAGCCUGCUUUCUCCAUAGUCAGCAACACUAGGUCCCACAUUAGCCAUGUUUGGUCGUGCAGUACCAUUGAUUAGCUCUAGAUGGCAUUGUACAUACGGUAGAUGUAAUGUAGCUUCGUGAAUGAUGUUUGUCGCAAUCUGUUUGGGUUUACUGGACCAAGUGAAAGGUAUUUAUCAAAUCUCAGAGCAGGAGCGCUGUUGGUCAUGGAGCUGCAUGGGCCACAAAACGACGUGGGGGACGGGAUCCAUGAUCCUUUAAACACCCCUCUCCUCUGAGAUGCUUGAUAAAUACCAUCCCCGUGUUGUAUCGAUUGAAUAAUUGUUGAUGUUUAUAAUGGAAGACCGCCACAUGAACAGAGAGGGUUUUCAGCAUUCUCCAUCUCCGAAAGUCUUGUUUUCAUUGCCUGCACUCCAUCAUGGCCGUAAUGAACGUGGUGAGAAACCGUCCUUUGCAUUUGCUUCUAGCUUAUUGGCUGCUCUUGUCAUCCUGAAACCAUCUCGAAAACAAGAUAAGGAAAAAAAAGAUUAAAAAAAUAAAAUAAAAAAAAACUUUCACAAGAAGUAAAAGAAUACAGUCCCUCGAAGCUCAGCUAUAACUUUCAAUGACGAGCUUUAGAAUUGAGGGCAAUGAAGAAAACCAGAUGCAAUUAAAUGAAUAAGCGACUAACACCUGCUUUCAGAUAACAGCACUUCACCUCUUGCUUUACUUUUUCAUCACUGAUUUACUGGGCUCUUGUUUUUAACACGAGAGGAAGACCAUCGUUCCCUUGUAAUCCCCUCACGGGCCUCCAAUGAAAUUCUGACCGGCACUAAUUCAACAGCCUUGAACGCAGCCACGGGGCCCACGUUAGUUUACAUGAAGCCCCAUGGACCUGAUUGUUUGGAGGGGAGUUUAGAGCUCUUUAUGUGUCUCUGCUGUUUGCUGAGGAUUGCGUUGCAGUCAGGGAAGCUUUUAUUUGGUUGCUGUUCCACUGAGGGGGGGGAGGAGAUGGCGUUUUUAUUUGGAAGCGGUGGGGCAGUCUGAGGCAGGCACGAAUGCUGUAUUUAUGUUAGUUUUACAACCUUUUGUUAUUGUUUUUAUGCUGUUUCUUUUUUACUGUUUUGUCAAAACCCAGAGAUGGCAGGUAAAAAAUAAGGUGUGUUGUGGAGGUAUGAUUUGUUUCCUGAAUAAACAUGAGUUGCAACUGA